AUGUCAACAUUCAACAGUCUUUGUUAUUGCUCGAUGUCACUAAACAUUAAACAAUAAUAGGAACGCGAAAGAAAUAAAAUCUCGACAUCUCUUGUCCCAGCAAUUUUAAAACGAACAGUGAAAAUUAAAACUAUAUAAUAUUACGAAGAAUAAUCGUUUAAAAUGUUACGUACUAAAAUUCAUAUAGCGUUAAGUGCUUUAGGAGCUGUUAUAGGUUUGUCAGCAUUUAUAUGUUUUUGCAUAGUUUACGCAAACAUCGAAGCCGGAAUGUGGGCGUUAUUAUCCGCUAUACAUGCUUCCCUUAGUCUAAUGAUACAUUGUCAUUAUUUAAAGGAAAGCUUACACGUCAACUUUUCUAGGAAAGCGCUUCAAUAUAUAGGAGAUUUUGGAAUUAUUGGUUUUGUGUCCGGCGCUGCAUUGACACUGUUCUACCUGUUUCUAGAAAUCUACUAUAAGGCUGAUGUUCUUCCAAUACAAACAAGCAUAAUUAUUCGGAUGAUAUGGUCCUUCAUGAUGAUGAAGUGGGGUCUCUUGCUUUAUAUAUUCACUAAAAAGUAUCUACGAACCUAUAACGAUCACCAGCUCUUCUCGGAAAAUCCUAAUAUUGAAGAGACAUAAUUAUGUUUAACCACCAUUAUAUAUUAUUUGCCAGCAAGUGUGUUACUGUAGUGUUAGUUACAUUAUGAAAUGCAAUAUUAAUCUAGUUUGUUGAAUAAUAAAUUUUAAUUAAUUGAAAAACAUAUUUUGGAACUGAGUAUUUUAAUGUUAACAUAAAUUAUAGUAACCUCCUUGGUAUUUUAAUUUUAACUCUUUGAUUUUAAAAGCCUCAAUUCUAUUUAAACGCAUUAAAGUUAUUUCUUACAUUUACCCUACAUAUUAUAAAUUGUACUUGAACAAUGGUUACUAGUUACUUUGCUUGCAUUGUUACCUUAUAUAAAAAUCUGUUAAAUUUUGUAGACACCAGAGAUAAUAAAUAUAGGGGAGAUUUAGUUGUAUUUAGUUAUUUAAUGAUUUGCGUUUAUUUUUAAGAUAUUAAGUGUUAAUUUAUUUUCCUACAUGAUACAAUUAAUUUUAUUUUAUUUGAAAAUAUUGGUUAUUAGACUGAGAAUUGGUGUGGGUAUUGAAUAUUAGCCCUUCUUUUUUUUUAUAAAUUAAUGUUUUAGGAAAAGAUUAUUACUAAAAUUUUUAUUGUUUUGUAAUGUGGUAGUUGAAGUCAGGGUAAUGUGCUACGUCAUCUUCCCCAGUUAAUAAAUAUAAUUAUACUUUAUAUUAUAAUAAUUAUUGAAGUCAUGAUAAAAAAUAUAAUAUUGUUUAUCAUUUAAAACAUCGUUUAACUUAUUUUCUUAUUAAGAUGAUAUAAAAGAGUUUUUAUAUUAUAA